UGGAGUUCCUACGUAGAGCUAUCCAUAGUUCGAAAAUCGAAAAGCACCUCAUAUACUUGCAUGUUUCGUUUUAUUUUUAUUUUACGCGACCCCUCUUUCAUUGUGUAGAUCCCAUCAAUUCUUUCACUCGUUUCGUUUCCUAGCACCCACCAUUGACGACGGUCCUAUUUUGCGUGUAAACAAGAUACAUUUAGCGUUUCAGAUAUGCGAAAUACACAUUGCUCGAGCCAUUCUUCUCUGCGCCAACAUCACUAUCAUGGCGUUCGACGACGACUUUGACGUUGGAUCAAUUAUCGUGCUAGCCUUCACGCCUUUUCAUAUUAUAAUAGUUGGUAUACAUAUCUUUAGCACUUUCAAACAUAAAGGCCAAUAA